AUGUCGUCUCCAACGACUGCGUACAACCCUAGCAUGGGCCUGUACUUUCGAGACCCGCGAGAACUCAUGGCACUCAAGCUCAUAUCGCUAUGCGUCGGUACCGUGAGCUUGUGUUGCACUCUGGUUGCUUCAUUUCACUUUCUGCGCAUGAGACGAGUGUUCCGUCACGACUUGAUAUUGCUAUUGUUAGCUGCUGACUUGCUGAGGGGAAUCUGCUACGUCGGAUUCCCGUUGGUCUCGUUUGCGGUGCACCAGAACCGCCGCAUCCAAAGCGGCGCGCCUUUUUGUCAGUUUAGCGGCUUCUCGCUCACGGUCGGCAUAGAGGCAGCCGAUGUCGCUGCCCUGCUGAUAGCCCUGCAUACGGUACUGUACAUUGUACGGCCCCGUAGGCAGGGCGGCGGUAACGGCCUCUACCCGUACCGCUACUGGGCGUAUACAGCCGUCACAAUGCUUCCCGUCCUGGACGCGUCGCUGGCCUUUGUCGGCGGCAUGCCCGGCUUCGAGGACACGGGCGCCAUGUGCUACCUCCCGCUGCGCCAGCGUUGGUACAGGAUGUACCUGGCCUGGGUGCCGCGGUACGUCCUAUUUUGCCUGAUCGUUGCGCUGUACGUAGGCCUGUUCCUAUACGUCCGCUUCGCGCAGUGGAGGUACGCCAAGGCCCACGACUGGUCCAGGCGCUCCUCGGAGACGGCCGCCUCGGCGACGCUCGUGUCUUCCAGCACAACCAGCGCCGGCGGCCCUCAGAAGCAGAUGAUUCAGAUGAACGACCUCCUGCCUGACGGCAGCACGGCGGCCACAAGGAAGAACAGCGCCGUAUCGUCGACGCCUGGGAAGAUGCCGAGCUCGCCGAUGGGGAGUCGGAAGGCAUCGCAAGAUGGAGGUGGUCAGGGCAGGGAUUUGCUUGCGGCUGCUGACUACACGCCCUCAAGGACGACGGUUGAUUGGCAGGAGGCUGACCAGCGGCGCAAGUCUGUCAAGUUCUCGCCCAUGGUUUGGAACCCCGAGACGGCCGCCGGGCUCAACCAAGCAAGUGAGCUUUCAGAGGCGCCAGAGAUGGUCCGUCCAGCAGACAACAGCUCUCGAAACACGCCCGUUGAUGGGCUCAGUAAUCGUCGCAUGACCUGGAACUGGACAGAGCAGCUCCAGUUUCCAACAAAUACAACGCCACCCCUUAGGGCCCGUCUGUCCAUGUCAGCGGCGCCUGCAGGAGAGGCAUCAAAGCCGGCAACUAGCAGGACGCGCACUCGACAGCCGCCUCCUUUUUCGCCGCUGAUUGACAUCUCGCUAGAGCAGUUGCCUGAAGAAAUCCCCAAGCAACGCCAGCGACGGAGCACGACUGCAUCGAUGUCUCUCUAUGUUCCUAGUGGUCCUUUGGGGAGCACCCUCGAACUUGGGCGUAUGGGGCAAGCUGUGACCCCGAGCACCUCUGCCCUCGCGUUGAUAAGCCCACCCUCUCAGGAGACGGACGACACACAAAGAAACCAAAACCUCCCCACUACUCCACUACCACCACCGCUGGCAGCGACAUUUACGAGAUCCAAGAUGGCCACCACAGACGACGCCCCAGCACGGCGAGGGUCUGCCGCAAGCGACAUUGGCGGCAGCACGCUGGCGUACGAGAGUGGGACACAGGUGACCAAGACGCGGUCGAGGGUGCGCAAGCAGCUCAUCAUGCUCUUCAUAUAUCCGCUACUCUACAUCGUCAUGUGGAUAGUGCCGUUCCUGAGCCACGUCCUGUACUUUGACAACUACUUCAACACGACCCAGUCGCAGCUCCCCGUCCAGCCCCUGUGGCUGCUGUGCCUCAGCAUGGCCAGCCUCUCGAUCCAGGGCACCGUCAACUCGACCCUGUUCAUGUGGCGCGAGCGUCCCUGGAGGUUCCGCGACGAGAGGGGCUUCUGGGGUCCCCUGAGGGAGCGGGUUCGGGACGGACUGGGGAGGGCAGGUGGCGGCGGCGGCGGAGUCAGGGGGUGCUGGUCCGCUUGUCUUGGGACCCGGGGCGGAGAGAAGGAUAGGAGGAGAGGCGACGGAGGGGCUGCCUCGGGCAAGUCUAGACAGGAGAUGGUUAACGAUGGGGCUUUGGCCAGGAUCAGGAGACGGCAGGAGAUGGCGAACGAAGCUACGAUUGCUGCUUCUUCACCGAGGAAGUCCACUGCUCCGAGAAACUGGUGGGAUGCCGAGGAUCAGGAUUGAUG